AUGAAGACCGCCCUCCUCUUAACUGGCAUCGUCGCCCUCCUCGGCACGCCCUCCUCGGGCCUCAAGGUGUCCACCUCCCUGGACUGGAUCGAGUACACCCCGCAGCGCUACGCCGCCGACAACUUCUACAAGGGCAGCAGCCCCGUCCAGAUCUCGAGCGGAGGCGUGGCCACCAUCGCCCGCGACAACAGCGUGGACCUGGCCGCCAACGCCGAGACCCAGGGCCUGAAGCAGCUCAGCGGCCGACGAAGCCUCCGCCUGAUUUACAUGGUCUGCGAGGCCCAGUAUCGCAUCGUCGCGAACAAGGCCAAGGGGAUCAACGCCCUCGAGGACCUCAAGGGCAAGAGAAUCGGCACCAUACCCGGCACCUCGGCCGGCUACUUUGUCAACAAGUUCCUAAAGACGGCGGGGAUCCAGCCCGGCCAGUACACCGUCGCCUCCGGGAAUGCGUGCAUGAAGGCCCCCUGCGGCCAGGGGACCCUUCCCCAGAUGCUGCAAGCCGGGCAAAUUGAUGCCUUUGGCCUGUGGGAGAUGUACGCCCUGUAUACCACGGCCGAAAAGCUUGCGGACGCGAGGAUCCGGGCCGACAUUGUCGAGUUCGUCCGCGCGCUCAACCAGACUCUCGAUGUCUACAACAACGACCCAAAGAAGGUGUUUGCCCGCGUAGCCGAGCUUGUCCGUUCCGAUGCCGAUGUUGUCGAGGCCGUCUGGCCGGAGCAUCUAUGGACCGGCCGCUGGGCCCCGGACCUGAUUGACUUCUUGGUCGAAGAGGACGCAUAUCUGGCGCAGGAGGAUCGAAGGCAGCCUAUCCCCAGAGCGGACAUUGAGAAGUUCCUCGACACUAGCAUCCUAGACGAACUCGGCUUGUAA